UUUUUUUUCCGUACACGGUAGGCAGUAUCAUUGACCGUGGGCAGUAUCAUUUUAACCGUUGGCAGUAUCUAUUAAUUUUUUCAAUAUUUUUCGGAAACCGGUCCUUUGACAUGCUCAAGUGUUUGUACCGCAAAUGCCCGUGGAAACUUUUGACUUGACCGAAAACAAAGAGAAAUACAGAAUAUGAGUGUGGAAUAACUUAUUCGAAGCGAAAGUAGCUGGUAAGUACCAUUAAUCUUUAUAUACUAAGAUAGAUGCUUGUUUCUCAAAGAUUAUAUAAGUUUUAUUUUGAUCGAGUUUUUCUCACUGUGAUUACUUACAACAUGUCAGAAGAGAAUAUUGAUUUCAAUGUUGGUGAGAGGUUUUUUCACACCAUCGAAUUCUACAGCAUUUAUACCAAGGUUGUUCUUAUAUGCGUAAAGACCCAAAAUAUAAUCAACUUUUGAAACUUUGUUGUCUGUUUUAGCAUCCAACGAGAAAACGAAAAGCAGCAAAAUAAAUGGCUUUCAUUUGUUUUAUCGCGAAACAGUGAACACCUUAAUGAGUGAAGCGACUGUUGCGGAUGAUGCCCCGCCAGAACUGGCAGAGAUGAGUAAAAUUGGAUCAGAAAGAUGGAAGGCACUUGACGAUGCUUCGAGAAAGGAAUGGAACAAGAAAGGGCAAAAGAAGCGAGAAGAAGAUGACUAUGGUCAAACUGAGUCGUUGAUUUGCGCAAAAUGCAAGAAAACCUUCACGCGACAGAAGGAGUUCAACUAUCACAGCAAGAAUUGCGUACUAUGUACUUGCGAUAUUUGUCAAAAGGAAUUCAGCAACAAAAUUUCUUUGAGAAAGCACAGGAAGAUUCACGAUAACAUAAUCACGUGCGCUCUAUGUGAAAAGUCGUUCUCUUCACAACAAGCAUUGAAGAGACAUACCCAUUCAGUACAUGAAACACAAACUUAUGCAUGUGAUGUUUGUACCAAAAAAUUCUCGACUCAUGGAAAUCUGAAACGUCAUGAGAAAAUACAUUCUAAGUAAAA